GGACUGACUUUUCUUGUACACUACGGCCACUUUACCACAUCCCACAUCCCCGUGGAUUUGUCUUAAGCUGCUCUCGUACAGCUUUUUGGUUUAGAAAUCUCUUAGGUCUUUUGGCUAAGAUUUAUGGAAGUACUCUGGACUGCGAGUGUUAUAAAUAUUCAAUGUUUGUGGGGGUUUGUUCUUUUUCUUCUAUGAAAAAAAGCUCUGGGAUUAUGCUGUUACCAGUGUGCCUUUCCCUCAGACACAGCAAGGCAAUAGGCGUUCUGUGGGGAACUUGUGUUAUGUCCUGCAGGACGUGAGGCUGACGGGCACAGCCUCAGCAGGGAGACACAUUUUCUUCCUUGUGGAUUUGUGUGAGAAGUAGAAAAGCUCCAGCAUGAAUGAGAAAAUAAGAGAUGCUUGUCCAUCACAUCCUAAACGUAAGUCUGGCUUGGUGUGUUUGAACUGUGCCCUUUGGGAAUGGGAGUGAACGAAGUAAGCCUUCUCCAAGCUGUUCCGGCCUGUUAACAAGAUAAAAUUGAAGAUGAAUUAGAAAUGACUACGGUGUGCCACAGACCCGAAGGCCUGGAGCAGCUUGAAGCACAAACCAAUUUCACUAAAAGAGAGCUUCAGGUGCUUUACAGAGGAUUUAAAAAUGUAGAUGUCUGCAGGAUCUCUUCUGAACUGGAAGGAGAAACCAGACCUAAUUGCACUAAUUCCAGUAGCAAAGAGGAAUGUCCCAGCGGGGUGGUUAAUGAAGAGACGUUCAAACAGAUCUAUGCACAGUUUUUUCCUCACGGAGAUGCUAGCAUGUAUGCACAUUAUCUCUUCAACGCCUUUGACACUGCACAGAAUGGCUCAGUGAAGUUUGAGGAUUUCGUGAUGGCCUUGUCCAUUCUGUUGCGGGGAACAGUUCAUGAAAAGCUAAGAUGGACGUUCAACCUGUACGACAUAAAUAAGGAUGGCUAUAUAAACAAGGAGGAGAUGAUGGAUAUAGUAAAGGCAAUUUAUGAUAUGAUGGGAAAGUACACGUAUCCAGUGCUGAAGGAAGAUGCUCCAAGGCAGCACGUAGAAGUGUUCUUCCAGAAAAUGGAUAAGAACAAAGAUGGUGUUGUAACUUUAGAUGAGUUCAUCGAAUCGUGUCAGGAGGACGACAAUAUCAUGCGGUCCUUACAGCUCUUUGAGAACGUAAUGUAACCACGCCUGGGAAGCGCUGGAAGAGUCAGAGACUGUGUGUGUAACAAAGACCUCCUUUCUGGGUGAAAGCUUUUUGUAAUUCAGCCAUGUUCUAUUCAGCCAGCGUGCGGGGAUUUUGUAUGGCAUCUCCAACCAAAUGGCAACUGAAUGCAACUGAUCCCAUCUCUCCUCCACAAGAGACGGCGGUGGACCUCUAUUUCAUUUUGGAAGCAUGCAAAUACUUUAAUAAAACCUGAUGAGAGAGCUGCUGCUCGAAGCUCAAUGAGUAAUACACAGCGUUCUGUUUGCAAGCCACAAGUCCUGCUUUAAUCUAGCAAGCUUGAUUGCGUAUGAUAGCUCAUGUUGAUAGCAUAUUCAGCCACCUAUUACAAGCAAAAAGCUCAGUCCAUACAACCAUAUGGCAAAAUGUUUUAUGGAUGCCUUGCCUUUAAUCUGCUUUGACAAAAAACAAAUGGAAUCUACAAGGGCCAUCUGUAAAAAUGAGCAGUGAAUGUACCUAGGACGUGGAGCAGACAGCCCGUGUAGCCAGCGUCCCCAUUUCUGCAGAGAUCUUGCUUCUCACAUGCACUGGUGCCACCACUGGUGGAGGUAUUCCUGAGCACAUAAACUAGAGGAACUUCAUGCCAGGGUUAGUCAGAAAGGAGCAAAGCAUGAGUAGCACGUAAAUUUCAAACUGUAGAGCAAAUCUGACCAAUGAUGGUAAGUUGUUGCAGGACCAGGUAGGUUUAUAAGGGCUGCUAGAGGAAGAUGCAUACCUGCUCUGGUCCCAGCCACCUUCUGCAGUCCCGGUACGUUGUGGGACACCGAGCGGUUCUCCCCUGUGCAGCUCAGCAGCACCGUGGCUGUGUGUGAUGCUCCUUUUGCUGUAGUUUGGCACCCGCUUCCUAGAUGCAUCACUUUCAACAUUUGUAUUUCUCCAUUAGAUGUUAAAGCAAAGUGUUUUCUACUCUGUGGAUUUAUUUAAGCUUUCCAGAUUUACUUAUGGCCGAAAAGGGCCAGGUGGUGCAGCUGUGUUCCCACAUAAGGGCCUUGGCACCCACAGUGCCAGGUAAGUUUAAUUGGCGCCUACCCGGUUGCUGUUAGUAUCAGAAACAUCCGACAGGGUAGCUCAACAUUUCCUAUAGCAAAAUCUUUAUCCCGCAGGGCAGUUGCAUGACUCGUAUGAGUCCUGAUCCUUACUAAUGCCCCAAAAAGCUUUGUUGUGGGGAAUGGUUGAUUUGUUUCUUUCAAGAGUGAAACAGGCAGAGUCAUGUAGCGAAUUUACACCGAGGUUGGAUUACAUCCAGUAGACAUGUCAGCCGAGGAACACGUCAGCCUGCUUUGCAGAGGACUCUUAAGGAAAAUGGCUGUUCCCAAGCAGCUGAUGGUUGGGAAGCCGAGGGAAGGAGGGAGCAGCCACCUGCACCAGCUGCACAAACCACACACAAAGGAGAACCCCCUGUCGUAGUCCAACAUCGUUCCUGUCCAGUAAGCGUAUAUUUUUAUUAUGUCAGAUACUAUAUUGCAAAUAUACUGUUGGCACUGAAGAUAUAUUUUAAAUAUUACGUAAGUGGAAGCUUUUUAUAACACUAAAUAUAUAGUAUGCCUAAUUUCUGCAGCCCUAUGUUUUAUAAAAAAAAAAAAUUAAUCUAUUGAAAUAUUCCUGGUUAUAGAAGUAGGUCUGGUCAGUACUAGAGUGAUGCUAUGUGUAUUCCUUAAGAUGGGACGUGUUCCCUUUUACUGUGCUUCUGCAUACUCUUCUUCUGUGUGGUCUUUGCUUUGUUCCCCCAGGUUGACCACUUGUCAUCGAAACAGCUGGUCAGCUGAGGGAAGUUAUGUGUAUGCAGGAAUGUCACCUUAGCCUGUCCUGUUGGCUGCCUUGAACACAAUCACCACGAAUUAAUUCCUUCUAGCAAGUAUGCAGAGCAGAGCAGCUCCAGGGAUGUGCUGGGAUUCACAGGAGGGAUGCAGUGCUGUGAGAGUAGCCUUGUCUUCCAGCUGUCCAGUAUUGUCUAUUUGGUUUUUGUUUAAGAGGUGCUUGAUAAGGACAUCAGCUGUAGCUGGAAUAAUGCCCAAAACUUACAUUGUUCCUUCGUGAUUCUUCUUGGGCAAAUAACAGCCUUCAGUGUAACAAGCAACCUGCUUUUUUCUCCUCCAUCCCUACAGAGCGUGUGUCUGUUGUCAGUCUGAGCAGGUAACUUCACUGGACCAAAAACAGGGAAGGGAACCAUUUGCACUGAGUUAUUCAGUGUCUUUCACCUCUAACAGUGAUGCUCCCAAAUGUGCUCGCAAGAUGGCAUAUGUAGCCUGAAUGUUUCUCAGAUUUGGAAUGUGCCUUUUUCAAUAGAACAGAAGCAUUAUUAGAUGUGUGAUACUCGUAGUCCCUGGAGCUAAAUUAAUUUCUGGAGCCACUCGGAUGAAUUUGGCCUCAGCUGUGUUUUCAGUCUCCAUUAGCAGAAGUGUUGUGUCCCAGGGACCAGAACUGCUCUGGGUGAAGUACAGCCUGACUGAGCAACGUACCUGAAACAUCUGCAUGUUACUCUCAACCUAUCUUUAAGUGCAUUGCUGAAGCCAGGCUACAAUUAGUGCCCUUACACUUUUGGUAUCUCCUCUUCUGCACUGCUGUAGUUUUUGUUUCAGUUCCCAGUAACGAUGGGCAUGCAUUAGGAAGAGAGGCAGAUGCUGAAAGCUGCUCUGGUCCUGACUCUGCCCCUAAGCCAUAACCAGAGCCCAGCUGCCAUUGCCUGUGCCUCAUGCCUGCUGUUUGGUCCUGGAUUGCUGCUUCUCUAUUCCCCUUAAGAUGCCAUCCAGAGACCCAGCCAGGCUGAGCAGCGGGACCAGGGGGACCUCAUGGGGUUCAAUAAAUCCAGGUGCAAGAUUUGGCACCUGGCUCACAGCAACCCGUGCUAUCAGUACAAGCUGGGGGAUGUAAGGGUAGAGCACAGCCCAGCCAAAAAGGACUUGGGGGUACUGGUGGAUGGCAGAUGGAUGUGAGCCAGCAACGUGCCCUCAUAGGAAAUGGCUGUGAACUAAAGGAGGGGAGAUUUAGGUUGGAUAUGUGGAAGAAGUUUUUUACAGUGAGGGCAAUGAGGCUCUGGCACAGGUUGCCCAGAGAUGAGGUGGAUGCCCCAUCGCUGGAGGCACUCAAGGUCAGGCUGGAUGGGGCUCUGAGCACCCGAUUUAGUGCAGGUGUCCCUGUUCAGUGCAGGGAGUUGGACCAAUGUCCUUAAAGGGUUCCUUCCAACUCAGGCGAUUCUGUGAUUGUAAGUCUGUUGGUACAGUAGGAGGAUUUGCCACGUGACGCACAACAGCAGUAUUUCCUGUAGCUCUGAUCAUGAAUUCUGACUGUGACAGAGCAGUUGCCUUUGUGAGACCAUUUAUUAUCCUGUGUUUGUCUACGAUCCCACUGAUGGCAGCCUUGUGUGCAUCAGAGCCCGGGGGCCUCGGGGCUUUCUGUGAGCAGCAUCUCUGCCUGUGGCAGGUGACAGAGAUCCAGUGACUGUGAGAGAGUCGUACUCUGCAUGGAAAUGUCUUUGGGUUUGCCUUUUAUGUUCUUGGUGAACGUUAAGUUUGUAAGCUUGCGAAGCCUCUCAUCGCUCAUAAAUGAGGCUUGCAAUAUUUAUGGCAAAUACUUACCGCUACGGCUUUCUAAAUAAAACAGUGUGUGCUGUUCUGAUCUCAUCUCGCCAUCAGUCCUCCUGCCAGUAUGUGAAGGCAGCUGCUGCGCUGCCUGCUAGGUUACAGUUAGACCCUGUCAGUGCUAUCAGCUGUGCGCAUCUCCUUGAAGCUGUGAGUGUUUCAAUAAUGUCUGCGUUGUAAGUCCGACUGUUUCACUACUUGCAAGCCUUCAUCUGCAUUUUCAUGCCAGCGUUUUUUCUGAUUAAAAAGAGCCUUCCUAACAUGUGCUUUAGGCAACCAUCUGUUGAAAAAUAGGAAUAUGAUGAAUGAUAAUGCACAAAAAAAAAAAAAAAGCAAACGGCACUGUAAUUUGUCUGUUGUCGUCGAUGUACAUUUUCCUGUUACUUUUGAAUGCAUUGCGAUACUGUGAGUGACUGUAUGUUGAGUUGCAAACCUGAGGGUGCAGAUAGAUGAAGGUUCCGGCGCCGCGGGCAGCACUUUGGCAUUGCCUGGCUGCGGCACACGGUAAGAGCAGAGCAUCUUCAUGUCUGUGUGUGAUCACUGCGAAGAUGGCAGCAGCUCACUGCUCGUGGGAGAGCCAUGAGAGACCUGUGGGGAAGUGCUGCUGGUGUCAGUCGUGCAAACUAAAGCCAUGCUGGGGGAGCGGCGGCGCAUCGCUUCGAUUCAAAGUGCUGUUAUCCGAUGGCAGUUUGUAUCACGUUUUGUGGAAUGGUUUUAAAGAUAUGGAUUUUAAUAAUAAAAACUACGUGUCUGUA